GGCAAGGGAGGCAGGAGGAGGGAGCGCGGCCGGGAAACCAUAAUAACACAGAGGGGGGGUGGGUUCACAAAAUCAUCAUUUUCACCGUCCCCCUCAUCUGGAAGAGAUGUUUACGCUCAACAUGUCUACGGGAACAGAAGUAGCCGCCGCCGCCGCCGCCAGCUCGUGACCGCUCCCCCUGAUCGUCCCUCGCACUGCGCUGAGAGAGAGGCUGAUCAGCUCCCCCGAGGAAGUCUCACCUUUACCCUCCGACAGCACUGAGCAGGUCAACCCGCAGGCCACGAGCAUGCCCGUCACCGACCCCGAGAGCAUGCUGAGCUACCAGAGGCCAGAUGAGGAGGUGGUGGUCGACCAGGGAGGUACCAGCUCAGUGCUCAACAUCCACUAUGAGAAGGAGGAACUAGAGGGCCACCGGACUCUGUUUGUUGGGGUUCGGAUGCCCAGACAGAGCCACCGUCACCACAAGCCCCACGGCUCCCGCCAUCGCAAGAGAGACAGAAGGGCAGGAAGCCUCGCAACACAACAGAGCGAGGAGACUGGGACGACCACCGCCAGUCAUGACACACCGUCCCAGAGGGUCCAGUUCAUUCUGGGCACGGAGGAGGAUGCAGAACAUGUGGCCCACGAGCUGUUCACCGAGCUGGAUGAGAUCUGUGUGAAGGAUGGCAAGGAUGCUGAGUGGAAGGAAACAGCCAGGUGGCUGAAGUUUGAGGAAGACGUGGAGGAUGGCGGGGAGAGGUGGAGCAAGCCCUACGUCGCCACUCUCUCCCUCCACAGCCUGUUUGAGCUCCGCAGCUGCAUCAUCAAUGGCAGCGUGCUGCUCGACAUGCACGCUGACUGCAUCGAAGAGAUUGCUGACAUGGUUCUGGACCACCAGGAGACGUCCAACGAACUGGAUGACAGCGUGAGGGUGAAGGUGCGAGAGGCUCUGCUCAAGAGGCAUCACCACCAGAACGAGAAGAAGAAGAACCUGAUCCCCAUCGUGCGCUCCAUCGCUGAGGGAACCCGCAAACAGUCAGAGCCGCAUCUGACAGGGUCAGCCACAUCUCCCCAGCCUCCGCCAGCUACAGAACCAGCCAAGAACGGCAGUGGACAGGACGGCAACCAGGUAGACCUCAGCAAGGUGGACACACAUUUCAUGAAGAAGAUCCCAGAGGGUGCAGAGGCCUCCAAUGUACUGGUGGGAGAACUGGACUUCCUGGAGAGGCCCAUCGUGGCCUUUGUCCGCCUAUCCCCUGCUGUGCUGCUCACUGGACUCACUGAGGUUCCCAUACCUACCAGGUUCCUCUUCAUUCUCCUGGGCCCAGAUGGAAAGGCUCAGCAAUACCACGAAAUUGGACGCUCCAUGGCAACCAUCAUGACAGAUGAAAUCUUCCACGACGUAGCUUACAAGGCAAAGGACAGAAGUGACCUGCUGGCUGGAAUUGAUGAGUUUCUGGACCAGGUGACGGUCCUGCCACCGGGAGAGUGGGACCCCUCCAUCCGCAUCGAGCCCCCAAAGAGUGUCCCAUCUCAGGAGAAGAGGAAGAUGCCCGGAGUCCCUAAUGGCACAACCUGCCCGGUAGAGGAAGAGCUACAUGCUGAGCACCACGGGCCAGAGCUGCAGAGAACUGGACGGUUGUUUGGUGGUCUGAUACUGGACAUCAAGAGGAAAGCUCCGUUCUAUCUGAGCGACUUUAAGGAUGGCAUGAGCCUCCAGUGUGUGGCCUCCUUCCUCUUCCUGUACUGUGCCUGCAUGUCUCCUGUCAUCACCUUUGGAGGACUGCUGGGGGAGGCGACAGAGGGACGCAUUAGUGCUAUAGAGUCGUUACUGGGAGCAUCUAUGACUGGAGUAGCCUACUCGAUAUUUGCUGGUCAGCCUCUCACCAUUCUUGGCAGCACAGGUCCUGUGCUGGUUUUUGAGAAAAUCCUCUUCAAGUUCUGCAAGGACUACGAUCUGUCCUAUCUGUCGCUGAGGACUUGCAUCGGCCUGUGGACGGCCCUGCUGUGUUUUAUACUGGUUGCCACAGAUGCUAGCUCUCUGGUGUGCUACAUCACUCGGUUCACAGAGGAGGCUUUUGCCGCCCUCAUCUGCCUCAUCUUCAUCUAUGAGGCUCUGGAGAAGCUCUUCCACCUGGGAGAAGUCUACCCCUUCAAUGCACACAGCGAUCUUGACAAACUAACGCUGGCAUACUGUAGGUGUGCAGAACCUGAUAAUCCCAGUAAUAAAACCAUAGAGAUGUGGAGUGAGAGAAACAUCACAGCCUCUGCUGUACCCUGGACCAACCUAACUGUCAAGGAGUGCCUGAGUCUGCAGGGACAAUUUGUUGGGACGUCAUGUGGUCACCACGGCCCGUAUACCCCAGACGUUCUUUUCUGGUCCACCAUCUUGUUCUUCUCAACCUUCUUCAUGUCCGCCUUCCUCAAACAAUUCAAGACCAGUCGUUAUUUCCCCACCAAGGUGCGGUCCAUGAUCAGUGACUUCGCAGUGUUCCUCACCAUCGCCGUCAUGGUUCUGCUCGACUAUGUCAUUGGAGUGCCCUCGCAGAAGUUAAAGGUCCCCAGCAAAUUCCAGCCUACCAGAGACGACAGAGGUUGGUUGAUCAAUCCAAUUGGACGCAACCCAUGGUGGACAGUCCUGGCUGCUUCUAUUCCUGCUCUUCUCUGCACCAUCCUCAUCUUCAUGGACCAGCAAAUAACUGCUGUCAUCAUCAACCGCAAAGAGCACAAACUGCUGAAGGGCUGUGGGUACCAUCUGGACCUUCUGAUGGUCGGAGUGAUGCUGGCAGUGUGCUCCAUUAUGGGCUUGCCCUGGUUCGUAGCAGCCACGGUCCUAUCCAUCUCUCACGUCAACAGCCUUAAACUGGAGUCGGAGAGCUCGGCUCCAGGAGAGCAGCCUCGCUUCCUGGGCAUCAGAGAGCAGAGGUUCACUGGCCUGGUCAUCUUCCUGCUCAUGGGCUGCUCUGUAUUCAUGACCGGAGCCCUGCAGUUCAUUCCUAUGCCGGUGUUGUAUGGUGUUUUCCUUUACAUGGGAGUUUCCUCAUUAAAAGGCAUCCAGUUCUUUGACCGUCUGAAGUUGUUCGGCAUGCCAGCAAAGCACCAGCCGGACUUCAUCUACUUGCGCCACGUCCCUUUGAGGAAGGUGCACCUGUUCACUGUCACCCAGCUCACCUGUCUGGUGCUGCUCUGGGUUAUCAAGACGUCGCCUGCCGCUAUCAUCUUCCCGAUGAUGGUACUGGCUCUGGUGUUUGUCCGCAAGCUGAUGGACUUGUGCUUCUCAAAGCGAGAGCUAAGUUACCUGGAUGACUUAAUGCCUGAAUGGAAGAAGAAAAAUCUUGAUGAUGCCUCCAAAAAAAUAGAAGAGGAAUCAGAGGUUAUGCUCAGUGGAAACAAAGAAGAUAGUGUUCAGAUUCCCAUGGAGACCAGCAAGCCUGUUCUUACCCCGAAAGCACAAGACCCCAGGUGUGACCCCUCUGAUAUAAAUAUAUCUGAUGAAAUGUCUAAAACCACUGUGUGGAAAUCCCUCAACUCCAAUCAAAAGGACACUCGUCCUGUGGCUGCUAAGAAGGAUUGAAGGGAUCGCGUUCAUAGACGAGUAGGAUGUCCACCGUCCUGGCAGACUCAGCUGCGUCACAUGACUGUAGUUCUGGACCACAGGGCAUCAUGAGAUUUGGCUGCUUUGACUGUCAGUUUCUUCAGUGCUUAAGAGAAACAAGUGUCAAUGAUUUCUACCAGCUACCUGCAAACAAAUACCAGAAAACAAACAAAUAAAGACAUACACAUGAACUUCUAUCUAUGUGAGGACUAGAACCAAACUAGUUAAUGCCAGUGUGAACUCUGACCCCUUGAAUUCAGCACCAACUUUGGACAUCUUAGUUAACCAGCUGACCAGUAAAAAACCCUGAUCUCAACCAUCUUAAUCACCUUUUAGAUUUUAAUUAUAAUAUUAUAAUAUGAUAAUGAUGAGGCUGAGGGACGAUAUAAGGGAUGAAACUUUGAAAGCGCACUCUUGGAACAGCAGUCACUAUUAGUAUCGAAUUUUUGCACAGAGCAAUGAUGCAUCUCUGAUAAUGUAAUCUGGAGACAAAUCCUGGAGCCGCUCCGUUCACAGUCACAGUAAAUAAUGUUAGGACACUGUGACAGCUGCUGGCAUCCUCAGGUGAUUUCACUGAGAUAUAGGUACAUUUGCUGAUCCACAGCCUAGAGCCAUGCAUUUAUUUUUAAACUCACCUGGAUUUAACAUCUCAAACAGCUAGCUUGUCAAACAGCCAGUGAUUCAUUGUCACUGGUUUAUCUCCAAAAACGUCACCCAAAAAGUCAGGAUGGUCUAUUUUUAGCUAACAGUGACGCAGCUGUCGCUUGUCUAUAAAUAUCAGCUUUACUGCCCAACAUCAACAAAACAGCCCAUUGUAAAUUCUCCUGUUUAACACUAGAACCAACCAUAGUUGUACCUUGCAGCCAUCAAAAUCAGGAGUAUGCCCAGUCGCCACUUAAUUAGGUACAACUAACUGAUGCGGCCCUAGAUCAUGACAGUUUUAAAGUUCAGUUUUUAAUUAAACUGUUUUAGAAAAGAUUUAAUUUUAUGGUCAUUUUGAAAGAUAUAUUUGGAGGCAGUGUUAAUUUGUAGUGUGUUAUACUGACAGGCUUUUAUAUUAUUUUGUCUAAGGCAUUUAAAUAUUGAGGAGAGCCUUACAACUGCAUUAGUUUAGGGUGUACCCAAAUAAAUGUUUCUACAGAUUUAAAUCAGCAAUAAUUGGUAUAAUUGUUUGGCUACUUUCAAACUCCAUACUCAACAUGGACAUAUUUAAUGUUAAUAUUUCCAACUUGUUUUCAAACCAUUAAUCAGAUGUGCAACAAUAUUAUUUCCCGUGUUUCUGACCUGCUGAUUAAUUUUAGCUCCAAUAUUUACUUUCUUUUGGCUCUAUUUUUGGUCUCCACCAGCUCCCGGAGGAAACAUCUGGCUCUUUUGGUGCCCAGUGCUCCAGCUGCGUGCACCAGCUUGUCCUAACUUUGUCUGCUUGCUGUUUGGUGCUGAACAGAUAAUGUGCAGUGGGUUUUUAGAGCUGUUCGCUGAAAAAUUAACACAUUGAAGUUGCCAGGGCCAGAAAAUAAAAAAUAAAAAAUCAGUUAAAAUAAGCUAUAAAUUCCACAAAGCUGAGGGGAACUUCUAGAAAAACUACAUGCAACCUCCUUUAAAUAGGAGUCGUCACCUCAUCCACUGCUGGUGCUCACAAAGAUAGAGGUUCACACACACACACGCACGCACGCACGCACGCACACAUACACACACAACAACAACAACACCACCAACCUCUCUACUCCAGUUUUUCACCCUUACAUCAGAAACACCCAGGUUUCUCACCUCUACUGUACACUUAGCUGGGCUAUACGAUGGAGUGUAAAUGCUCCUUUGAAAACAAACCAGGUUUUUUUUUAAUAAUCUAAGUAGGUUUAUCAGUUGUCUUUUAUUUAAUGUGCCAUUACUGUUUUGUUUUUUUCUAAUAGUGAUGAUAUGGUCGAUUAUUUAGUAGAUUUUAGAAAUAAAGUACAUUGCAGGUUCAGUAAUACAUAGACAAAUCCUCUUUUGGGGGCAUAAAACUUCGUGUCAGUUUUGUGUGAUGAUGUAAACUGAAAACUGUAAAUGUUAGAAGACCCACUUCAGUUGAAGCGGGGACAUCAGUAAUGUGUGUUUUUUGAGGCGUAGUCUUUUUCCCUUUAUGGACAUUCGUCUUUGAACUAAUGAUUGUGUGGGAUGGAGGUUGUUCUUACAGAAUCGUUGUCAUGUGUUAGUACAGUGUCUUAUUUCUUUACCUCAGACGAUGUUCAUGAAUGCUCCUGCAAGGCACUUUGGGUGGCGUCAGGUCAGGGAAAACCAGAGCAGAUAAAAUUGCGCAUGUAUGUGAGAGAGAAUGUAUGUGUCCCUUUAAGUAUCAGGAAAAUAAUACUUAUUUUGUUUUGUUGUUUUGGUUUUUUUUUUUUUGGGGGGGGGGGACAUUUUAAGCAAUAAUUCACCCAAAAUCCAAGUCAAAUUGACCUUACUGCAACUCUGUAUGUAUCUGGGUUCUUUUGUGCCAGUGCAACCUUUUUAUCUGUCCCUGAGUUAAAAAGAAAAACAAUUACGCACAAUUGAGAGAAGCUAUCUUGACACUGUCCGAAGGUUCUUCUGUAUUGUGCUCCCCUUCAUUUCCUAAUAGCAGAGUCACAUCUGACAGUGGUGUUUAGAGCCAAAGGGAGCAGAGAGAUUAUGGUGUGAAAGAAGUACCUUAAGUAAUACUUUAUUUGUAGUUGCACUUUCUGUAGAUAAAAUUAUAUAUUUUAUUUUCAAGAGAUCUAUCAAGCAAUUAAACAAUAAUUUAUUACUUAUUUAUUAUUUAUUACAAUAAUAUUUUUAGAUAUAAAAAUUCAAUGUGUUCUCUUUGAUUUUAUGUAUAUAUAUAUAUAUAUGUAAUAAACAAGAUGAGCGAAGAGAAAGGCUAAAGAAUGCAGCACAUGAAAAAUGUACUUAUCUGAAUGAAUUCAAUACAAUACUUAAAAGGUUACAAUUACAACGGGUUAUUAUAAUGGGAGACAUCAGACAUUUGUCUAAUACAACUGCGAUUGUCACAACCUUUUGUUCUCAAUGGAGGAGAGAGCCUUGAAUCAUUUACCGACUGAUGUUUUACUGGACAAUAAAAAGGUGGAUUGAUAAAAGACUCAUCAUCACAGACACUGGAUGUUGGAUGUUGCAAUUACCCUAUCUUAAAAUGAGACUAUGUAAGUUUUGUUUAACACAGCAGCCAAAGCGACCAGGGGUGAAAGUUACAAUAUAUUUAUAAAUGUGUUUAAAAGCUUCUCAUUUGUGCUACCGUGCUCCUCAUUGUAUCAUUCUCACUAAUGAGACGUGGCCCAAGGCGACUGUGUAUAUGCCUACCAGCAACAAAAUGUAAAACCCAAGUAAAACUUUAUUGUAAAAAUGGGAUCCUCUGAUCCAGCAGCAAGAACAAUUUAGCAACAAAGAAAUGUGGUAGAAAUAUUUUGGCUUUGAAGACAGACGUGCAACCAAUCUAUUAUACAGAAUGAAUACUGAACUGAAGCUUGACUUGAAUUAGAUUUUUCCCCAUAUUGUUCAGCCAUACUGGUCACUCAAUGUAUAGAAAUGAUCAAUGCUGAAGAAGAAUGUGUUUGUCCUUUUUCCGUGAUUAUAAAUCAGGUCGAGGUGCUACAUAAAUACUGUGAAAGUAUCAAAGCGCACAGCCGUUCAGAAACUGUGCCUUCAAACGAGCCAUCAGGGCUUGUCACAACUAUACAGUCACGGCCUUCAGCCAACCAAUGGUUGUAAAAACAACUACAGAGCUGAGGCAGCAACACGGUGAAUGUUGCCUGCUCAGGCCUGUGAGAGCUGACCAAUAAGAGCAAACUGUGCUUUGUGGGAGGAGGGCCUCAAAGAGACAGGUACUUAAACGGAGUGAUCAGACAGAGGUGCUACAGUCUUGAUACAGUAUGAGAAAAAUAAUGUAAACACCUAAAAUAAAUACAUGAACCUGAAAAUGAGCUUAAUAUGGGACCUUUAAACACUUAGGCCAACUGGACACCCCAAAGACUUAUUUUAGAACAAACCCUUGGAAGUAAAUCUUUACUUUAAGGUUAAAUAUCAAAUAAUAUAAAAAUUAAUUUAUUAAAAUGAUCCAUUUUAAAUAUCUGACCCACUACUGAUGGAUUCAUGUGUUUAAAUUAUAUUCUACACUUGUUUUACUGUCCGGUUGAAUAUCAGUGAACUGUUCUACAACCAUUUUCAAGGCCUCUUCCUCCAUAAUUUUCAUCAGUUUUAUUCAAGUGACUCUAAAGCAAAGUGCACAAGUACAGUAAUCUAUUACUGUAACAUCACAUGCAGUAAUACGUCCUCCGAGACAUGUGUGAAUGUUUUGUGUUUGCUGUGAUGAACUUCUGCUCCGAUUCUUGUCAGACUUUUGAAUGUGAAUAGUCUUUGUGUGUCUGAGGACCCAUAAUUAAACUAAUGAAUGGCAUGACUAAAUAUUAUUCAUUGUGUAAAUAUGUAUUCUAAAUCACAUGAAAUAAUGUGUCAGUUGAGGAAAGAAUAUAUGAAAUGCUUCCAUAAUGGACCAGACCAAAUUGUGAAAAACACUUAAACAUCAGAGUUGAUGACUGUAGAUGUGCUUACAGAAAAAAAAACAAAAAAAAACGUAAUUAUUAAGCAACUGUUAAAGUAAUUUUGAUGAGCAUCAUGUGUCUUAAACCUGAUUUUCAAGUUAUUAAUGUAUAUGUGAAUGUAUGGUACACAUACAGUUAAAUGCCUUCAGUAUACUGUAGGUUUACUGCAUAUAAAUGUGACCCAGUCAGGUCACAGAUUUCGAUGGAUGUGAGUAUAAAUAUACUGUAUGUGCUGUACGUGUGCUUGUCAUAGAAUACGUAACCAUUUCCUGUUGAGCUGCCAUUUUUACCACCUUACAUCUGACCAAAAACAGACCUUUUAAAAGCCAUUAUUGAGGCGUAGGCUGUUGACAAAACAUCUUUUCCUCAUCCCAUUUUGUACUAUAAUUAUACAAUUUCUUUGUCGCAGAAAGAUAAAGCAGGAGACCCGUGUUUCAAAUCCUCUUCUGCCCAUAUCUCUACUUCAUUUCUGUGUGUAGAUUAAACUGUGCACUGUGUGAGGCUGUGUCCUUCUGAUGAAUAUAAGACAACACUUGUGUCUGUUUCAAGGACAAGGUCAGCUGGACAGAGGAAGAUAAAAAAAAAAAAUGAAAAGAGUAAAUGUUAGAAAGCAGGGAGGUUUUCAGGGAGAAGAGCACCUGUACUGCAGAAACCUUAAUCCCAUAGUCUUGGAGCCAUAGAAAGAGCAAUGCCUUGUCUCUUCAACCACUGAAUGAUUAGUCUGGAGCAAAAUUAUUCUACAUGUUUUAUAUGUAUGUAUAUGUAAUUUAAUUUUUGAUUAUGGAAAAAUGACAAAUAAAUGAUUACA